GACAUGAAGGGUUAUUAAGCAGCUUAUUGCUGAUUUUUUAAAGAAUGAAAUGCACUGACGGUCUUUAAACUUGUAUCACAGUGUUAUAUACAACAAUCUUAUAUAGGUCCAUAAACUCUAAUUGUGAAGAUCCGGGUAAAGCUAAAGCUUUGGAGGUUGUGAUGCACAGUUCUGCUGGCUUCUGUAGAUGCAGGUGCCGAUGAACUCUGCGCAACCGGGUGCUUACUUCCCCGUCCAGCAUCGAUCCCUCUCAUUGGACAUCAAGGGUAAUAAGACGGACAUUGUUAUCAGCAAAUAUGAGGACACCUUUUUGGUGAUUGUGACACAAAUUGGCUGCAUACGAACUAUAUUAGCUGCUAAGAAAGAUGAAAGUGUUUUCUCGGACCCAACCUACAAUGUGUCCGUUCUUUUUGGAAAGAGAGAUGGGCUCAUUAGACCGCCUCCGCUCCUACUAGCUUGUGCGCGUAAACUUAUCGAGCAUAUAAGGUCCCUCUCGAGUUGA